AGUAGCACUAGUUAUAAUGGUAAAGUUAAGUAGUCAGAAAUAGAAAUGAGAAAGAUAGAAACGGACGAAAAUAUCCAUGCUGGCAAAAGAUUCUCUUUCUUUUUUCUCGCUUAAUUCAUUUCAUUUCAUUCACAUCUUUUCAUUUCAUCCCCCCCACCCCCACUCAGUAACUAAGUACUACUAGUAAUCUGUAACUGUAGUAGUACUACUUCCUCCACUAUCAUAUCAUAUCAUAUCUCUUUUUCUUUUCUUUUCUUUUCGUUCGUGUUUAAUAAUAACGCCAUCACUGUUCAGUUACCACCUACAAAACAAACAAACCCUAAAGUGUUUUACUUUCAUCAUCCAUCCAAACUUUACUACUUUUUUUCUAAUUCAUUGCAAUUGGAUUUGUUGUAUUGUAUUGUAAUUGUAAUUGUAUGGUAUGGGGUGUACCAGCUCCAAGCUGGACGAUCUCCCGGCGGUAGCUUUAUGCCGGGAAAGAUGUAGUUUUCUUGACGAAGCUAUUCAUCAACGCUAUGCUCUCGCUGCUGCUCAUGUCUCUUACAUCAAUUCCCUCAAUUCAAUUGGCCAUUCUCUACACUCUUUCAUUCAACACGACCCCCCCACUCAUUCCUCCGCCGUUGUUUCACCUCCUCCUAAAAACAACAACCACCACCUCGCCACCAAACACUCUUCUCCCUCACCACCUCACUCCGAUUCCGGUGGUUCUCAUCUUCAUUUCCACACCGAUUCCGAUGAUGAAGACGACGAUCAAUUACACCACCACGACGAUGAUGCUUCUCCUUCUCCUUUACAUUUCCCUCACAAAAACCACAACACCGGUGCCGGCGGAUAUUACAACAAUUCACCGCCGCCACAUCAUCAUAUGAACUCCAAUUUUCAGAUGAAUUUCAUGAAGAAUAAACCUCCUCCACCUUCUUCAAUCGUGUACGAACAGAGACCCAUGAGUAACGAAACUGUUUAUGUCGGUGAAUCAUCUUCAUCUUUUUACAACCCUUAUCAACAACAACAACCACCAUAUCCUUAUACCAACAAUAACUAUUAUGCUGGAUAUUCAAAUCCGCCUCCUCCUUCUUCUUCCUUUUAUGGAUCUUCACCGCCUCCUCCUAUGGCUGCUUCUUCUAAACCACCACCAGCUCCACCUUCUCCUCCAAGGACUUCAACUUGGGAUUUUCUCAAUUUCUUCGAUAGCGACGACAAGUACUAUCCUCAGACUCAUUAUACACCGACCGCCACACCUAGCCGCGAUUCCAAGGAGGUGAGGGAGGAAGAAGGGAUCCCUGACUUGGAAGAUGAGGAUGAAGUUGUUAAACAGGUGCAUGGAGAUCAAAAGCUUGUUCAUCCUCCUAAUCAUUCUCAUGAUCAUGGUCAUGGUCAUCUUCAUGAUGAAGAUGAUGAUGAUGAUGAUGAGGAUGAGUCUGAAGUGGAAUAUGAGGUUCAUGUGGUGGAUAAGAAAGUCGUUGAUGAUGAUGAUGGCAAGCCCAAGCCCAAACCUAAGGCUAAUUCUGCAUUUAGACCUGGUUCUAGGAAUCCCCUUGAAGUUGCCAAAGAAAUUCAGAUUCUUUUUCAGCGGGCUUCCGAUUCCGGUUCACAUAUAGCCGAUAUUCUUGAAGUUGGAAAGCUUCGUUAUCAUCACAAAGCUACUUCCAAGAUGUUGCAUCUGGUUGCACCCUCAUUGUCCGUCGUGUCUUCUGCUUCAAGGAAUACCCAAUCCACUGAACCUAACAACAUGGAUCUUGAUGUUGAACUCACUACCAGGUCGCGCAAUCUUUCUUCUACACUCCACAAGCUAUAUCUAUGGGAAAAGAAACUCUUUAAUGAAGUAAAGGCAGAGGAAAAGAUGCGGGUCGUGCAUGAUAGGAAGUGUCGCAAACUAAAGCGUUUGGAUGAAAGGGGUGCUGAUUUUAACAAAGUUGAUUCCACCCGAGCUUUUAUUAGGGAUCUGUCCACAAAAAUAAGCAUGGCAAUCAAUGUUGUUGACAAGAUUUCUAUGACGAUAAAUAAGAUAAGGGAUGAAGAAUUGUGGCCGCAACUGAAGGGAUUAAUACAGGGGUUUAACAAAAUGUGGAAAUCCAUGCUCGAAUGCCAUCAUAGUCAGUGUGAAGCAAUUAGAGAAGCCAGAAUUCUGGGUUCGGUUGCAUCCAGAAAGAAAAGUGGCGAUAGUCAUCUUCUAGCUACCAAGCAGCUCGAACAAGAGCUUAUCAAUUGGACUUUCCAAUUCGCUGGCUGGGUAAGUGCACAGAAAGGUUAUGUCAGAGCAUUGAAUAACUGGCUGCUGAAAUGUCUGCUGUAUGUACCUGAAGAAACAUCUGAUGGCAUAGUCCCCUUUUCCCCUGGUAGGAUUGGUGCCCCCCCAAUAUUUGUAAUAUGUAAUCAGUGGUCUCAAGCUUUGGAUAGAAUAUCUGAAAAGGAAGUUGUUGAAACCAUGCAUGUAUUUACCAUGAGUGUCCUUCAUAUAUGGGAACAAGAUAAGCUAGAACUGCAUCAGCAGCUGACACAGAACAAAGAUCUUGAGAGAAAAGUGAGAAAUAUAGACAGAGAUGACCAGAAGCUGCAGAAGCAAAUUCAAGCAUUAGAGCGGAAGAUAGUCAUGACAUCUGGGGAAGGUAAAGGUCUCUCAGUUUCUGAGAGUAUCAUAUAUCAGAGUGACAAAAGCAGUAAUCUACAGGCUAGUUUGCAGCGUAUUUUUGAGGCAAUGGAGAGAUUUACUGAUGAAUCUGUGAAAGCUUAUGAGGAGUUGAUACAACGGAGUGAAGAAGAAAGUGCCCCUCGAAAUCAUGAAUGAGUUCCCUAAGGUUGUAGUUUGAUGGACGUUCAAACUUUAAAUCAUAUCCUCACCAUUUUUCAAAAAUAGAAUCUCUCCUGCUUUUUGCUCUUCUUUACAACGCAGUUUUGGGAGGAUUGUCUACACUAAGCAGAUUUUGUUUUAGAUGUGGGAUGGGAUGUGGAAUUUGUUGUCAGACGAGAGAUACUUUGGGGUGUGUAAGUUGGAGGCCGGAGGUGUACAAGUACUUUUUUGGCACUCAACAGAGUCAACAAGGGAAGUUGUCCUGGCUAAAGCACACGGGGUUUGACUGUUCGAGCUACGAAAAGACAGGAGAUCCUACACACUUAAUUUUAAAAUCUAGAGGGUCUGUCUUUCUUCAUUAGAAAACAGAAAUGUGUUCAGAUGAGGGACUAACUUUCAAGUACCUUGCCCUGCGCAAAUCCUGGGAUGAUAAUAGAAGGGUUCUCAAACUGAAGAGCAGUAUAAUGAGCUUGUAAAUGAAAGAAAAAACAUAUUAUGAUGAGCAAUUGGACAAGUCUCACUCACAUGAUGAACAUAGUACCUGUCUGUCUGAGUGACGCAAGUCACUGAAUGCAUGGCCAUUAUUAAUUCCUGUAUAAAAAUUAUGUUCCUUUCAUAAAAAUAUAUAUUCGUUCUUUAAGUUCAAUUAUUGUACAAAUCACCUAUUGACACUGAGCCAGCUUUAAUGGAAACACAUUUUGAAUAAAGUGUCA